AGCUGAUGUGUCAGCUGCAUGGAACCAGGAAAUCAAACAAGUGUUUCAGAAUUUUUACUUCUGGGAUUUUCUGAAGACUCGGAGCAUCAACGCAUCCUAUUUGGGUUGUUCCUGUCCAUCUUUGCAGUCACUGUGCUCGGGAACCUGCUCAUCAUCCUGGCCGUCAGCUCUGACUCCCACCUGCACACCCCCAUGUACUUCUUCCUCUCCAACCUGUCCUUUGUUGACAUCUGCUUCACCUCCACCACCAUCCCAAAGAUGCUGGUGAACAUCCAGACACAGAGCAAAGCCAUUACCUAUGCAGGCUGCGUCACCCAGGUGUAUUUUUUCAUGGUUUUUGGAGGUAUGGACACAUUUCUCCUCACUGUGAUGGCCUAUGACCGGUUUGUGGCCAUCUGUCACCCCUUAUACUACGCAGUCAUCAUGAACCCCCGCCUCUGUGGCCUGCUGGUUCUCAUGUCCUGGUUCAUCAGCUUAACCUACUCUCUGAUCCAGAGUCUGUUGAUGUUGCGGCUGUCUUUCUGUGCCAGUUGGGUGAUCUCACACUUUUAUUGUGAACUUGCUCAGGCCCUCAUGCUUGCCUGUUCGGACACACUUGUCAAUCACAUCCUGCUAUAUGUGGUGACUGGCCUUCUUGGCAUUAUACCCUUCUCAGGAAUUGUUUUCUCCUAUAUUCGAAUUGCCUCCUCAAUCCUGAGAAUUCCAUCAGCAGAUGGGAAAUAUAAAGCGUUUUCUACCUGUGGGUCUCACCUGUCUGUGGUUUCAUUAUUCUAUGGGACAGGCCUUGGUGUGUAUCUGGGUUCUGAUGCUCCUUCCUGGAGGGGCAUGAUUGCCUCAGUGAUGUACACUGUGGUCACCCCAAUGCUGAACCCCUUCAUCUAUAGCCUGCGGAACAGGGACAUCAAGAGGGCUCUACAGAACUUUCUUGUGAGAACAUUCUGUGUUCAGUAA